AUGGAGAACCAACAAGCGAUCAAUACUCUUGGCGAUGAAACUGAGAAGGUGUCCGCUUUCAAGGCGCUGGGGCUACUAGACAGGUUCCUUGCUAUAUGGAUUUUCUUGGCAAUGCUUAUAGGAAUCUUGCUUGGAAAUUUUGUGCCAGAGACUGGUCCUGCGCUCGAGAAGGGAAAAUUCGUGGGGGUGUCGGUGCCUAUAGCGGUCGGUCUGCUAGCGAUGAUGUAUCCAAUUCUCUGCAAAGUUCGAUACGAGUCGCUGCAUGAGAUCAUGGCACACAAGGACGUCUGGAGACAAAUCCUAUUCAGCGUGGUCGUUAACUGGAUAGUAGCGCCGUUCCUCAUGCUUGGGCUAUCAUGGGCCUUUUUGCCAGACGAAAGUGGAUUGCGUGCGGGUCUUAUUCUUGUCGGCUUGGGUAGAUGCAUUGCAAUGGUUUUGAUUUGGACUGGCCUCGCUGGUGGCGACGGAGAAUACUGUGCUAUCCUUGUGGCAAUCAACUCAAUCCUCCAGAUGGUCCUUUUUGCUCCGUUGGCCAUUUUCUUCAUUCGUGUAAUUAGCCACGAUGAAAGUGCUACCAAUGUGUCCUACUCAGUGGUAGCCACGAGCGUCGCGGUAUUCUUGGGCAUCCCCCUCGGUGCGGCAAUCAUCACGCGGUUUUCGCUCCGCAGACUUUUCGGUGCAGACUGGUACCAACGAGUCUUCCUUCGUUUUGCCGCUCCUUGGUCACUGAUUGGAUUGCUGUAUACCAUAUUGGUUCUCUUUGCUUCCCAAGGACGACAAGUUGUUCACCAGAUCGUCUCGGUCAUCCGUGUAGCUGCUCCAUUGAUCGUGUACUUUUUGGUCAUCUUCUUCCUGACGCUGUGGAUCACACGUCGUCUGGGUUUCAGUUAUGGCUUGGCCACAACACAGAGUUUCACCGCAGCAAGUAACAACUUUGAGCUUUCUAUAGCAGUUGCAGUGGCCACAUACGGACCAGAUAGUGAUCAAGCAUUGGCGUCCACAGUCGGCCCGCUAAUCGAAGUGCCUGUGCUGCUUGGAUUGGUGUAUAUAGUUAAGUUGGUUGGCAAACGGUACAAUUGGGAAUAA